AUGACGACAAAAACAGAGCUGUCAACUACAGCAAAUCAAACCAGAGUAGUUCUAGUUUUCUUGUCUCUCUGAAACACUUCUCAUCCUUUAAACCUCCUCUUCUAUCCCCUUCUUCUUUAUUCUUCUACACACUUCUAUCAAUAAACCUUUGACCUUUUUUACCCUUUCUUUGUUUAUUAUACCAAUAAUUCUAAGAAAAAAAUGACUGAUGAAAAUGUCCAUAAGGUGUCUGAAGCUUCGGCAAACACUCAAGCAGCAGGAAAUGGAGAGAGUCAGGUGGCUGCAACUGAUAUAGUGAGGAGGUGGAAGAGAGAAGAUUUGGUGAAGAGGGGUUCUUUAAUUUUGCACGGACUUGCUUUGGUUUUCUCAGUGAUUGCUUUUAUUGUCAUGGCUAGCAAUACUCAUGGUGAUUGGCAAAAAUUUGAUAGAUUUGAAGAAUACAGGUAUGUGUUGGCUAUUGCAAUUCUGUCCACGUUAUAUACAGGAUUGCAAGUACUGAGACACAUUCAUGAACUUUCAACUGGCAAGGAAUCAUUUUCACGGCGGAGAUUAGCUUUAUUUGGCUUCUUUGGUGAUCAGGUAGUAGCAUACUUGUUACUAUCAGCUGCAUCAUCUGCUGUGCCACUGACAAAUAGGAUGAGAGAAAAUAAUGACAACCUAUUCACAGAUUCUUCAGUAGCAGCAAUUAGCAUGGAAUUCUUGGCAUUCUUUGCUCUGGCUGUAUCAGCUCUCAUUUCUGGACAUAAGCUCUCAAAUAAAUCCUACAUCUGAUGAGACUUAAAGAUAUUCUGUUAGAAAUUCUUUGAAUUCCUCUGUUUGUUAUCAGAAUUACUUCAUUCUUCCCAUGUACAUGUGUUAUUCUUUUUCUUUUUCCUUUUCAUUAUGUAUAUAAUAUGUAUCAUAGGUUUGAACAGUUUGCUUGAAAUUAAACAUGUGUGUUAAAAUUCAGAGUGCAACUUGAUCUGUAUGUAAAAACAUUUUUGUCAUUAAAAGAGUGCUCUUGUUUUGCAUGGA